AUGAUAUUACUAAUUAUACUAUAUACAAUAGUGACUUUUAUUAUUAUUACAAUCGCUAUUAUCUAUUUCAAGUUAAUUCGACCAGAAAAACAAAUAUAUGAUGCAUUUCGUGAACAAGGUAUAGGUGGAGAACCAUUUAUACCCUUAGUUGGUCAACUUCCUGAAGCGAUCAAACAAUACAACAACGAUGCAAUGAUGAUUUAUUAUGAAGAACUAGCAAAAAAACACGGAUGCAUUUUCCUAUAUAGCUAUGGUCCAUUUAUAUAUCUGUAUGUCAAUGAACCUGAUUUACUUGCAGAUAUACUUAGCAGAAACAAUGCACCAAAUUAUAUGAAACCUAUAGAGGUUAGUGGUAGGUUUAUACCUCUAAUUGGUUCUCAUAAUUUAUUAGUAGCUGAAGGUAGUGAACAUGAACGAGCUCGUCGAAUGAUUAAUCCAGCAUUUCAUCAUGUUAAUCUUAAAUCUAUGGUUUCAAUUAUUACUGAUCGUACUGCUAAAGUUAUUGAAUCAAUCAUAUCUAAUGAACAACAAUCAAAAUCUAUUGACUUACAAGUUUUAUUUAAUGCAUUGACAUUAUCUAUUAUAGCAUCAAGUGCAUUUGGUGUAGAUUUUGAAACAAAUGCUCAUGCAAAAAAUAUCAUUUGUCAAACAUUUACUCAAUUACUUGAUAUCAUUGAGUAUCGAGCGAUGUAUAUGAUAAUUCAAAUACCUUUUCUUUCACGAUUACCUUUCUGGGGUAAAAAUAUUCUUGAUGAAGGCAAUCGAAAAAUGAGUGAAUUUGUUGAUCAAGUUAUUGCUGAUCGUCGACAAGGACGAUCAUCAAGUUUAUCGAAUGGUCCUGAUCUUCUUGAUCUCUUACUUUCAGCUGUUGAUGAUGAAGGACAACCAUUCAAUGAUCAAGAAAUUAAAGAAGAGUCUCUCACUUUUGUACUUGCUGGUAGUGAAACGACUGGAAAUCUGAUGGUAUGGAUGUUAUAUGUUUUAAUGACUAAUGAAAAUGUCUUACAAGCAUGUCGUGAAGAAGUUGAUCGAGUUUUACCAAAUGGCAUAGAGCCAACCAAUGAACAUUUACAAAAUCUAUUUGUAUGUGAAGCAAUUAUUAAUGAAACCCUUCGUCUUUAUCCACCAGUACCAGAAUUUAUGCGUCACUGUAUACGAGAACAUACUAUUGGUACUGAACGUCAAUUCCGUAUACCAAAGGGAGCUAGCAUCAUUAUUGAUGGUUACAUAACUCAUCGUCGAAGUGAUUUUUGGCCUCGGCCACUUGAAUUUGAUUAUACUCGUUGGAUGCGUGAUCCUAAAACUGGUCUCAAACCAAAAUUACCUCAUCCAUUUGCUUAUCUUCCAUUUGCUGCUGGUCCUCGAAAUUGUAUUGGACAAAAUUUUGCAUUAUUAGAAGCUAAAAUUAUGUUAGCUAUGUUUAUACAACGAUGUAAUUUUGAGUUAGUACCAGGACAAAAGAUUAUACCUGAUAUUAAAAUAACAAUGCGACCAAAAUAUGGAUUAUGGGCUAAUAUUACUAAACGUAAAAUAUAA